CAAUACAUAUGGGAAAGGUUGUAACAAGCCGUGUAACUGCAACACCACUAACGCGUUGGUUUCAACGAAGACUUGCAACAACGUGAAUGGCACGUGCUUGUGCAAAGCCCAAUGGGAAGGAUCGACGUGUGACACCGAUGUAGACGAAUGCCAGCUUGGAACUCAUACGUGUAGCGCCAAUUUAUUCUGUCACAACACCAACGGAGGGUUUGAAUGCUCGUGUCUGAUAGGAUUCAAUGAACAAAACGGAUCAUGCGUUCAGGACGUCACAACAACAACUACGUUAGCCCCGCAACAGGAUCGCGUUGCUAUUUCCAUCACGAUUAACAUUCCUAAAGAAAUGGUCAGCCAGUUGAACUUUUCUGUGAAGGCGACGUUCGAUAAGUGGGCGGAUAUAUUGUCUAAUUGGAUUACUGCCCAGUAUGUGAAGAUGGGUAGCAAACUGAAGAAGAUUAUAGUUAAUAGUAUCUCAAUUGGAAGUUUGAUUGUUGACGCCACUCUUAUCAAGGACGAUAGCCCAGAAGCUUUACAGCUGUUCACACAAGCAACACAGGACUUGAACAAUGCAAAACUGGAUUUGAACAACGUGCAAUAUCAAGCGAGUCUUGUGGCAGUUGGCGGAGUUUUAUUUGAUGCCACGAAACCAUUGAAUGAUCAAAAGUGUGCAAUCUACUUGAGUGCUCGCGGACAAUGUGCUAACAACUACGCAUGCGUGGUGGUGGAUGGGAAGCCUUCCUGCGGGCCUGUCAAGACGGAGGACGAUUUAGGGCUGGUUCUAGGGCUUGGUAUUGGUAUUCCGCUAUUUUCGAUCGCGGUUCUGGUUGUGGCCAUAAUCAUCAUGUGUGCUGUGAAAAACCGAAGAAGGAAGUUCUCAACUGAAUAUGACAGGGACUCGUUCAACAAUGGUUUCUUCGCACAUGGCAUGCCGGUGAAAAUCGAUACUUUGGGCCGAAACGACCCUAUGUACAAGCAGCAUAGCCGACAACGGGACGCCUCGUUCACCAACCAGGAACGCUAUGUUUACGAUAACCAACAGCCUUCAAAUUUCUCAUGGGACUUCUUGUUCAAUUACAUAUCUCCAAAUGAACCAUAUCACAUACAGAGACCACUAACCGAUAGGAGACCACAUUCUAGAUAUGAGGGCACGAAGAUGUGAUAAAGACUAUAUAUUGCGAUAAUCAACACGUAUGCUGCCAUGCACACCGUCUUCCAAAGUAAUGGAUCGUCAUUGUAUGGUUCCAAUCGCAAAAAAAGGAUAUUUCAUUGGGACAUAAAUCUGUGUUCCAAACAUUGAUGGUCCAUGUUGAAAUAUGUGAAUUGGAUAAUAAUUGACGACUAAACACGAUUUCUAAAAACGUUUUGAUAACAAUGUACAACUGAAGUUGUGUUGAUGAAAAGGAAAAAAAUAUAAGUUUGUUAAACAUUUGUUCUGUUACCCCAUCUAAAAAAAAAAAAAAAAUAUGUACUUCACUUCGUAUUUCAUAUCUGAGAUAUUACUUCGCUUUUGCACAUAUCAAACAUACGGUGCUCAACAAACGAUUUAGUGUAUAUUAUUUUCUAUAUCAAUGACAUUUAGAUUUUGAAAUCGAUAGUUUCUGGUUAUGAACGGUUGCGCUUGCCACGUGGAACACAUUAUUCAUUGAAAGUGGAUACACGGCGGAUUUAAUGUUGGUUUAACAAAUGUGAUUCGAAUUCUUCAGAAAUCGGAGAGAAUGAAGUUUGUUGCAUAAUUAAAGCUUUCUGAAACACACAUAGCAAAUAUCUUCACACAUAUCAAAUAUCGUUGUACAUAUAUAUAUGUGUAUGAUUGCAUGUCAAGUACAUCGAAAUUAUUGUAUCUCACCUGAUUCCUUGAAGAGAUUGACGAGGAUCAUAAGUUCUAUACCACUGAUCGAAAACAGUCACAUUGUGUUGUUCGUCUGUGUAUAUGUGCUGCAUUUCGUAACGAUUGUUUUAUUGCAAAGAGAUAAACGAAGCCUUUAUUGGCGCAUACAUGUGCAUUUUCUGUGUUCCAAUUAUGUAUUUUAAUGAACUAUAUUGAACUGAUUAUGAUUAAUGUAUUAUUUUUAACAAAUAGUUUGUUAAGAGAUAUUUAUGAUUGUGUAAGGAUAUGAAAUCCGUCUGUAUUUCGUUGUUGUUGUUAUACUAUAUUGAAAACAAAGGUUGAAUUAAUCUCUGCUUUUUUAGACAGUGUACAACCAGUUAUAAGUACCCAAGUAGUUUCACAUAAAUACUUUAUAUGUCUGAAUGUUCAAUAAUAAAAUAUGCAUUUUAAGUAUCCUUUAUUAUAAUCGUUGGCUUUACCUACUUAAUCUUGUUCAUGGUAC